CGCACACGCGUUUGUGUGUAGCUACUUUGCACUGACCUACUUAUUAAGCCUUCUUACUUUUCUAGAUACUGGCCACUGGUGAUUACUGUGCUCUGAUUUUAUGAACAGAACCAAAUUCAAAUAGGGUAUCGAUCGACAAUCGAUCGGAAUAAGAAAUGACAGAAUUGGUCUAAAGAGUAAAAAUAUAAGUUUAAUUUGCUUUAUAAGUAAGCGUAGGUACUUAGCGUAGUAAUUAUCAUGGGUGUGGUGUACGUUUUCGGUGUCGCUCUUUUUUGCCUUAGCGUGUGGGCAGUCAUAUUUUUGACUGUAAUGGCAUUCUUCUACAGCAUAGAAGCGGUAACUUUAAUUCGGGACGUUAUACCUCAGAGAUAUGUCCACUCGACGGAUUUUGUGGCGACAGUAAAAGAAAAUUUCCAAAUACUCUCGGAUAACUGCUACUAUGCUGCGUACUCGUAUGUGGUCCUCAUUGUGGUAUCCUGGUUCGUCAUCUUUCAAGGCAAAGUUAUGGACAAGAAGGCAGCGGAGAAGAUCAUUGGCGAAGACAUCUUAAUUCGGCAUUGAUGGCAUUCGCCUACAGCAUCGAAUCGACAACUUUGCUUGAAGAUGUUUCUCCUGUGUAUUACAACGGCACCAUAGAUUUUUUGAUUCGUGCGAAACAAAAUUAUCAAUUGGUCUCUGGUAACUGCUACUUUGCUGCGUACACAUACGUGGUCCUUCUCGUGUUGUCCUGGUUUGUCAUCUUUCAAGGCAAAAUUAUGGAUAAGAAGGCGGGCGAGAAGAUCCUUGGAACUGAUACAAUUUUACUUCGUUCUUAAUAUGUUUUCUCUCUAGAGCUCAAAGCAAUAAGUAUUAAAAUUGACAUUUAGAAAAUCUUUUCAUUUCACA